ACGUAUAUUACGUUUAGCCACGCGUUAACUCUGCGUCUGGUAGCAGCGGAUUUGACAGUUUUUCUGCCAUGUCUCUACGGUGGGUCGUCCGCGGUCUUCGCACCCCGAUCCAGUGCGUUGUGCAAGCCACUGUCUCCUCCACGAGCCGGGGCUAUGCCGCCAUCGCCGCUGCCAGGUCGGUGCUGGAGAGCGAACUUGAAACGAUCAGAUCAGGUGGAACGUGGAAAGGGGAGAGAAUCAUAACCUCGAAGCAGGGAUCGCAUAUCAGCGUGGACGGAAGUUCUGGCGACAUAUUGAACUUCUGUGCUAAUAACUACCUGGGUCUGUCCAGCCACCCAGAGGUGGUGCAGGCUGGGAUCAGAGCGCUGCAGACGCACGGGGCAGGGCUGAGCUCCGUACGCUUCAUCUGUGGAACACAGGACCUCCAUAAGGACCUGGAGAGGAAGCUGGCCCAGUUCCACGAGAGGGAGGACUGCAUCCUGUAUGCCAGCUGCUUCGACGCCAACGCCGGCCUGUUUGAGGUUCUGCUGGGCCCGGACGAUGCGGUUCUGUCUGACGAGCUGAACCACGCCUCCAUCAUAGAUGGGAUCCGCCUGUGUCGGGCCCGGAGGUUCCGCUACAGGCACAUGGACCUGGGAGACCUGGAGGCCAAGCUGCAGGAGAGCCAGUCAUCCCGUCUGCGUCUGGUGGUGACUGAUGGCGUGUUCUCCAUGGAUGGAGAUGUUGCCCCCCUGCAGGGCAUCUGUAAGCUGGCAGAGCAGUAUGGAGCCAUGGUCUUCAUAGAUGAGUGCCACGCCACCGGCUUCAUGGGUCCCCGGGGGAGGGGCACGGAUGAGCUUCUGGGAGUGAUGGACAAGGUUCACAUCGUCAACUCCACCCUGGGCAAAGCCCUGGGGGGGGCAGCAGGGGGCUACACCGUGGGGCCCAGGCCCUUGAUAGAGCUGCUGAGGCAGCGCUCCCGGCCGUACCUCUUCUCCAACUCCCUCCCCCCGCCCGUCGUAGGCUGCGCUGCACGCGCCCUGGAGCUGCUGAUGGCAUCCAAUGAGAUCGCUCAGAGCAUGUCGGCCAAGACCAUGAGGUUCCGGAGCUCCAUGGCCCAGGCUGGAUUCACCAUCUCAGGCUCGUCUCACCCCAUCUCCCCCGUCAUGCUGGGGGACGCGCGCCUCGCCUCACUCAUGGCCGACGACAUGCUCAAGCUGGGUGUAUAUGUGAUUGGCUUCUCCUACCCUGUGGUUCCUAAGGGCAAGGCCCGUAUCCGUGUCCAGAUCUCUGCGGCCCACACCAACCAGGACAUAGACCGCUGUGUGGAGGCCUUCAUCCAGACAGGCAGGAAGCACGGCGUGGUCUCCUAGAGACCAGGAGGAAGUGAUGUCAGGCCUGGGUAGGGCUGUUACAGGGCAGAGAGGAUGUCUCCUGAUGAGAAUGGUAGAAUGUAGUUACGACUGAAGGUCUAUUGUGGUCAAAAAAGCUUUGCUGUUUGCCUUAAAAUGCUGAAUAUAUCAUAUUAAACUUUUGCUAACAAA